AUGGUGAAGAUCAGCAAGAGAUCAAAGUCAAACCAAGGAUGGUGGUGGGAUCAUUUCGUGGAGCACCCAGGUUAUGCUGUCAAAGACCCAGCUUCGAUGGUCAGCGGAAAGGCAAAGGUGGUGUGUGCAAGGCUCUAUGAGCAACGCGUUACGCAUGAGCAGGCAAUAGACGAGCAGCAGGUUCACGCAGGCCAGCAAGAUGCACUGAGGGAUGAAGUGGCGAUUGCAGGCACUCUUUGGGCCAGUGGCCAGAAUAAUCCCCAACGCACCUGGUUAAUCAGUCGGCCGAUGACACUAUUAUGUCACUUGUGUGAUUGCACAUUGCACUCUGAGGAUAUCUGUUCGCAAGCACGGCUUGAAUACCACCAAUCAUAUUCACCACGAAAAGGUGCCACUCGGGUCCUAACUCCAGCACAUCUCAGUGCUAUACCUCCAAUCAUUCUCGCCGCCAGCCCACCAGAUCUCAAUACAUCAUCGACUAUGCAGUCUGCACGUCCGAUUUUUCCCGCAUUGCUAAUUCCUGAGGCUGACACAGCCUCGAGUUCUUCCAGUAGCCUUUACCGCGACUCUCUGUCGGUCAGUCCAAGUCCUGCCCUCUUGGAAGUCUCAUUACCAUCCCAUCCAAAGCGCCAAUGUCUAAUCCAAUCCGGUCAAUACCACUCUGCUUCUGGCUCACUUCCGCCUCUCUCCCCCAUAGCACUGGGCAACCAACUUAACGGCUUUGGCGACCAAGCUUGGACGACUUCAGAUCAAGCUGAUUGGGAAAUCGGGCUCGCAAGACUCACCGCAAGCGCUGGUUUACCGCUGCGGUGGGUUGAGAACCACGAAUUGAAAGUAUUAUGCGACCGUUUUCUCCCAAGAGCGAAAAUUCCCUCUGCAAAAGUCUUGACGCAGCGUGUCCUACCCCAUGCCCUUAAUAUACUCAAAGAUACCGCUAAAGAAGAAUGUCAAGGCGCUGAUGCAACAUUGCAAUGUGAUGGUUGGACUGGUGAAAAUCACCAUCACCUCCUGGGGUUUAUGAUGACUGCUCGCCGAAAGCUGCACACAAUUAAAGUUCAUGAUGCUUCGAUGGACCCUCACACCGCUGAAGAACUUCUCAAGCAAAUGUUAGAUGCAAUCAGCAGGAUUGAGUCCGAGUGGGGGGCAACUCGGUGUCUGCUUCAAGAGCAGCUACCCCACAUUGUUGUUCCUAAUUGCUUGGCUCAUCAGUGGAAUCUCAUCAUUGGUGACCUUUUCAAGGUCAAAGACGACUACGGGAUCUAUGGAGACGUGGCACAAGAACUAAUUACGUGGCUACGCAGCAAGACACGUGUGCUCGCCAUUCUCCGCAAAAUACAGAUGGCGACAAUCGGAAAGACGCUUGCAGUUCUCAGGGCAGUGCUGACGCGUUGGAUGUCUCAUUAUCUUGCCUAUCGCUGCCUCCUUGAGCUUCGUCCUGCACUCAAAUUGCUUGUAACGAAGCACAAAGCUCAUUUGAUAUCAGGUGGAGAUGCAUGCUCACGCAGAAAGACUCAAACAGCCAUUGCGACAAUCAAAAACGCAACAUUUUGGCAUGCAUUGGCACAAUGGAAAACGUUGCUGGAGCCAAUUUCCCUCAUGACGAAUGUUCAUCAAGCAGCCCAGGCAAGACCUGAAAACGUUGCAAUAUCAUUUGGUUUUCUGCACUUUCACUACUCCAAGAUCGACAACAGCACUGAUCUGGCAGCUCGUACAGCUGUUCUUGCAAGCGUCGAGCGCCGCUGGGAACAGUGUGACCAGGAAGUCUUUAUUGCUGCCAUCAUUCGUGCAGGGCUUGCGACACUUUUUGCACGUCUUUGGCGCCGUUUUUACAACACUAAUGAUAUACCACUCGAUCUUUAUACGGACUUGGACGACUAUUUGAAUAGCUCCCAUGACUUCGCAUACAUGGACAACUACAAGCUUUCACUGUUAUAUCGUGCAGAAAAGGAGCACGUCGACCACUUCAUACUAUCGCUCAACGUCUUCUCUCGAUUUGCCCGAAUUCCGCCUCUUGCGAAUGCCUAUUUAGCAUGUUUGGCAGUGAUUCUCACGAAAUGGCGCAAUCGGCUCUCAACUGAGAUGCUCACCCUUCUGGCAGAACUCAAGAUGUAUGUUCAUGAGGAGCAUGUACGCAAUGACGUGGUCAAGAAGUGGCUUCAGCACCGGUACUGUGACACCGAGGACACUGACAAAGCAGAGCCUACUCAAGAGAAAGCAGUGAAUGGGAGCCACUGCAGCCUUGCUUUCGAGAGGCAAGGGAUAAGCGAUGUUGCCGCAGACCUUAUCCGAGCUGUUCAGGAGGAGGAGGAGAUUUCUGCCACAGAAUCAAUGCACUCAGUCCCCAUUGGUGCUGUUGGUGGUUCAUUCUCCUGCAUUGCUAUCAAUGACUUACUUGACUAUUCUCGUGCGGAGGAAUGGCUGGGAUCUUUUUAUAAAGUCGCCAUUCGAGGUUUAGACGCUGAGCUUGAAUUGUAUGAGCUUCUUGACUUAGAUGCAGAGGGAAUCGACGAUCCAGACUUUCCUCAAGCUGACGAUGUUCUUGACGAGUAG